UGCCCCCGGAACCGCUCCGGGAGAGAGCUGGGUCGGCUGAGUCGGAGCCGCGCACGUCUGAACUGAGGUGACGAGAAUGUGAGACAGAUCCAGGCCACCGAUGGAAAGGAGCCUCCCUGAUGGCACAGGCCCCAUAUAUGUGCCUUUGGGGCACAUCGUGGCCUGUGAGAGAUGGCGUGGGUCACAGCUGGCACAAGAGAUGCAAGGCAAAAUUAAACUCGCGUUUGAGGAGGGACUCACACCGGUAGAUUUUUACUUGUCUAACAGAUCCUGUAUUCUCUAUGUUACCGAAGCCGAUUUGGUGGCAGGAAAAGGCUACAGAAAGAGGCUUGUUCAGAUCAGAAAUUCCAGUCAUCUUCAAGGGAUUGUACUAGUUGAGAAGACACAGAUGAGCGAGCAGUACUUCCCGGCCGCACAGAAGUUCACAGUCCUGGACCUCGGCAUGGUGCUGCUUCCGGUGUGCAGCCAGAAGGAAGCAGCCAGCCUCAUUAUUCAGUUAGUCCACGAACAAGCCAAAGAGCCCAGUAAGAACCCGUUUCUCAGGAAGAAGCGCGCUCAGCUCUCCGAGCCCUCCCUCCUCCAGACGGUGCAGCAGAUCCCAGGAGUUGGAAAAGUGAAAGCCCCCCUUCUGCUCCAGAAAUUCCCAAGUAUCCAACACCUAAGUAACGCUUCCAUGCAAGAACUGGAGCAUGUCGUUGGGCAAGCAGCGGCACAGCGGAUUCACACGUUUUUCACACAGUCCAGUGACAGCGCACCGAGAGCCCUGUGAUGUUUUCUCCUUCAGACCACAGACUACAUAAUCCACAGUUCAAAACUAAGAAAGAGCGUUUCCUCUUACAGCAACUAGUCAAAGACAAGUGGGGCCUAAAGGAGGCCCUCCUCUCCGGGCUCAGGCCUUGCAGUGAGUGGGUGCCCUCAUUCUUCUUCCAGUAUAAGAAGAGCCUGUUAAUUGAAGCUCUGUGACUCAGCAGAGCUGGCCUGGGCAGAUUUUAAUGUGUAACCUUGACCUGCAUCUCUUCUGGAAAAGGUCUUCUCAUGCUUCAGGUGGUGGGUGUGAACAUCUAAGGAAAACAAAACGACACCAAAGCCCUGUCUCCUCAGCCCCUUGUUCCUGCUGGCAGUGCUCCAGCUGUGCGGCAGGUCUGGGGCUUUGAGGUUGCCAGUGUAAAUAAACCAUUGUACUGCC